GCUUGUUAUCCCCGUCUUAACUCCGCCUCUAUUUUGCAGGUAUCAGAUCUAACAUCAGUUUUUGAGCAAACUCAAAACCACGAUCUUCCAGAAUAUUGUUCAUUUCUCUCUGACAUUCUCAAGGCACUGGAACAGCAAAGUCUUCCCUCUUGCCACCGCCUCUUGCUGCCGUUGUCUAUUUUUCAUGCACAAUUGCUCCAUCCCCCCGAAUUAGAGGAUAGAAUGCUUCCUUGAUAUCACUGCCAUUUCCGGAUCUGCGGAGGUGUUUCUUCCCGUCCCAUGUGAUCAGGUGCCUGAGAAAGUUGAAUCCCGAGUAAGAAACAUUCAGUUUCAGAGAUGUUCAGGUCAUCUCCAAGGAGGAGUCAAAGAUCCAAAGGCUUCAAGGUGAAGCAUGCCAUACAAAUCUGUCUCCUGCUUGCCGUUGGUCUCUGGAUGGUUUACCAAGUGAGACACUCGCAUGAAAAGAAAGUAUCAUACAGUAAGAGCAUCAAAGCUGACCGUGAAGUUUCGAAGUUGGGGAGGAAGGACCCCCGUCGUCCUGCGAUGGAAGAAAUUUCUAUUGUAGAUGCAAGACACAAAGAGGACAACGACGAAGUAAGCAAGCAUGAAGAAGAACUCAAGCUCCAUGAGAUUAAUAAUGUGGAUGACGAUGCACAGUCGCAAAAGCAUGGGCAAAACAAUGAGGAGGAGUUUGAUCAUAGACAGGAUUCUAUAGAUCAAGAAAGAGAGAGCGAAGAGAAUUCUGAAAAUGCCACGACAGAUAAGGAAAGUGAGGAGCAUAACGAGAAAUUUAGUGAAGAAAAUGACAGCAAGGGGAAUGAAGAAAACAUAGAUGAAGUGGAGGAAAAGGAGACAAGAGAGAGCCAACAGGAGAAUGAAGAGACAAGAGAGACAGAAAGAGAAGGUAAGGAGAUCGAAGAGAUCAGCGAAAAGGAACAUGUGGAGAAUAGUCAACGGCGGGAAGAUAAAGAAGACAGGGAAGAUAACCAUGACACAGAAAAAUACGAAGAGCAUAAUCAGAUUCUAGAACAAAUUUCAUCCGAAGAUCAGAUUCAGGAGGGGGAAAGAAGCAAUGACAAGGCCAGAGAGGAGCAUUAUACAGGAGACAAUGCCUCCAGUGCCGUAGAUCAUAAGACACAAGAUAUCUCAGAUGAAAUUGAUAGCAAGACAGAACACUUUGAAAAGGGAGAUAAGAAUGAGUUUCAGCAGAGCAAUUUCGAUCAGAAUAAAUCAGUUCCAAAUGCAACAGAAUCAGAAACAACUGCAAAUACCGAUUCUACAGUCACAACCAACCAAGGGGAUGGUAGUGAGAAUCAGACGCAAACAGAGAAUGAUUCAAAGAAAAGUUCCAAGGCAGGGUCAGAUGUGGAGCAGAAGGAGCACUAUAACCCCAACAAAGAUGAUGAAGAUCCUCUGGAUUCGCCAUUGCAGAAUGGGAGAGAUGCAAUAUCUAGUACAAAACAUAUGAAUACAUCCGAUGAUACAAACUCCGAGGUAGAGGAGUCCAGCUUGCACAAUACCACGCUAAAAACAGAGAAUUCUGAUCCAGAUGCCACAGAGAAGCAAGCCGGUUCCGCAUCAUCAUCUUCAUCUGGAAGCCAUAACACAGAUGUUGCCAGUGGAGAAUCCAAGGACAGCUCUAGUAAAUCUGCUCAGGGUGAAAAGCCUCACAGUAAUUCUGCCAAAGAAGGAACAGAAGAGAAUGUUUUAAUGUCCAAUGCGAAUGAUAAAUUGGAUUCUAACCAAGAGGUGCAUCUCACUUACUCUGAUACUUCAUCCAAACAGAAGAGAGGUAAAUCCUCGAAAUCAGAAUUCGAUGGUGAUUCUGCUCACAAUGACAAUGCAAAAACUGAUCAGAGCAGAACAAGCAGUGGUGAAAGGGGUAAUGACAAUAUAGAUACGAGCCAAGAACGAGUCAAUCCUCCUGACACUUCCUCCAAGCAGAACAAAGAUGAAUCCUUGAUCUCAGAAUAUAAAAGUGAUGCUGACAGGGAUAAUUUCAAUUACACUGAAGAAAUUAAUGACAAAGUGAAUGCUAGUAAAGAUGUGCCAAUCAGCACCUCUGAUUCUUCGAAUCCUGAAGAUAAAGAGGCUUCCUCUGAGGAUACGGCUGACGUAGGGCAGAAUGAAAAUAAGAGCACCGAUCAAAGGGAAACGCACGAAAACGAAGAUGGGGGUCAAAAUGUAUCAGUUGAAUCUCAAAAUGAGAAAGAGUACGCGGAAAACUCAAACGACAAUGGCAAUGCCGAUUCAUCAAUCCAUGAGGAUAUUAAAGAGGCUCGAAUGGAUUUGGGAACUUUGCCUGAGAGCAACACAGAAACCCAUCAUCACAAUGAUGAUACUGCCACGGAUAGAUGAUUGAAAUAAAUAAACUAUACAUGCAGCUAGCUUCUGUCUUAGUUAUCAUGAGAUAUGUAUGAUUCAUUGCAUAGCCAAUAAUAUGCUAUAUGGGCUUAGUUUUGUUAGUUUGAUAUGUAUAACAUUCUUCGGGCUUCUUGCCAUUUCCUGCGGAACAAGCGUCCAACCAAAAACAUCAGAAACACGGCGGGAAGAAUUCUUGCAAUUUCUAUAUGUUUAAUCCAUUUGAAGAUUUGAAUUCCUUCAUAUGUGGACCAGCUUAUUUUCUGAAACCAUUAGCUUUCAA